AUGCUCUUUCGCGUAACGAUCAAGGAUCUGGUCUAUCGUCUUGUUGAUGUACCAGGGAAUUUAGCUGCAAAAUACUUCCUGGUGAGGACCAGGUCAGAGCUGAUCUGUUAAGUCGCAGAAACUGGUCUUAACACAGUUUAUACGGCUGUUUUUUCAAAGUUUUACAAACCAUUUGAGCAUCUUUGCCGUAAACCCAAGUUUUUCCAUUGGAUUUCGAUCAUGUGGGCGGGUAUUCCGCUGUUUGCGCAUUGCCGCAAUUUUCCAACUAUCGAGUUUCCUUAUCAAUCCAAUGAUUUAAAGUCAUACUAG